CCUGCGGCGACACCUCAUGUCCGGCCCUCCCUCCUCCAGUCGGCCGCGCGGCUCGUCGCGCGGUACUACGCCGAGCGCGCGUGCGGCCGCCGAUGACACGGCCGCCACGCCCGGCUCGCCCAACACCCCGGCUGCACGCGGCGCCCCUCGGGGCGGCCGCUCGCUGUCCCAGCCGCCGACGACAAGCGUACUGCGCCGCUCGCUGCACGGCACAGAGGCACCAGCAACGCCGGCUCACCACGCGCGCAUGGGCGCAGCCACUCCUGGCAGCGCAUUCGGCGACAUGAGCAUCAUGGCCAGCGCGCGCAGGACGGCACAGCGCAGGAAGAGCAGGGUCUGGACGGCGGGCGGAUGGGGCGGUGGACGCGAGGAGAGCCCGAUGGAACUGCUACGGCGGCUCGCUCGUGCUCCCGGCUUCCGCCAGCCGGACACGCCGGAUGUGCCCGCGGGGCAAGGCAGCAGCCGUGGCCAGGACUCGCUGCGCAGCUCGUUCGCCAGCACUUCAGAUGCCAACACGUCUGCGCGCUUCUCCAGCGCUGGACCUGCCAGUGGGCCUGGCCGCUCUUCACUCCUCAGCGGACGUCGGUCCAACGGUAGCAUGCUGCGUCCCGGCGAGAGCGUGCCGGGAGACAUCACGCGCGACGGCGGAGCCUUCGGCAGCGCCGACGUGGGAGAUGCCUCGACCAGCAGCGUUGCGCUCUCCAGCUCUGCACUGGGCAUCGGACGUGAUGCGCCGAUGCCUGGAGGCCUCUUUGCCAACAUCAUUGCGCAGCGAGGUAGCACGCGUCACAGCGUCGGCGCGCAGUCUGGCCGCUCCUCGCUGCGCGGCGACUUCUCGAUGGGCGACGUCAGCGGCCUGGGCGGUCGAUGGGAGAAGAGUGCCCGCGAAGCCGAGCUGGAGCGCACGCUCGAUCUCGGCCCUGAGAGCGUGCUCGAGGAGCUCGACGAGAUGGCGCGCCGCAACCUCUUCGGCUCGAGCGGCCGCGUCAGCAGCGCCAGCGGAGCGCUUGACACGUCAGCAGACGAGGAUGAUGACAUCGAUGACGAGAGUCUGGGGCGCAGAGGGCGUGCGGCAUCAGAGCCGUUCGGCGCGACGUCAGACAUGUCCAUCGAUCCCUUCGGCGACUCGAUCCCGAGCUUCAUGGAGAUCGUCGGCAGCGGGCCUGGACACGAUCUGGACAGCCUCUCGUCGUCGUCGCAGGAUGACAUGGAGCUCGACGCCACGCGCGACAUGACGGGCCGCAUCGUGUCGACGCGCGGCGACGAGAGCUCCCGGCGCCUCUCCUCUGUGGGUGACAGCGAGGCAGACGAGGCUGCCGUCGAGGAGGGCCUGGAAGCGGCGAGUCCGUCGGAAGACGAGCGCAUCGACCUCAGCGAGGUCCAGCCCGACUCGCGCGACUUGAGUAUGGGCGGCGGGAGCCUGGGUGCCGGCGAGCAACCGAGCUUCGGCGAGGCUAGCGCCAGCAUGCGCUCUGCGGAUAGAUCCGUCGAUCAGCCAGAGCCGGACGUCGCGGCUGAGGACGACGAGGAGGAGGAGGGGGAGUCUGACGAGGAAGUCGAUCCGGACGCUACGCUUGGGCCAGCGGAGCGUGAAGCGGCGCAGAUGGCGCUGCUGAAGCGUCGCGUUGCCAAGCGACGCAAGAGCCGUGUGUCUGCCUUCACCGGCGAGCAGGUUCCGCCGUUGCCGGUCAGCUUGAUCAGCAAUCUAUUCGGCUCUUUCGCUUCGCCUGCCGCUGGCGCUGGCGCGUCAAGCGGCCUCGCUGGCGGUAGCAAGAAGAUCAAGGUGGAGAAGGCGGCACUCGAUGCGGUCGACGAUGCCUCGCACGAUUUCUUUGCCUCCUUUGCUCAAGAGCUGCAGGCGCAGGCCGUGCGCUCUGGCCGCAACUCGUCCAUCAACGAGGGCGACGUGGUGGCCGUGCUCAAGGCACAAGGACACGUCACCGCGCGCUCGUCAGUAUCUUCGCUCGCUCGCCGCCUCCUGCCAAAGGAGCUCAGCGACCUCAUCACGCCCUCGCUCGCACUCGGCGGCUCCGCCAAGGGCAAGGGCGGCGCGCGCAAGCUUGCGGCCGCCUCGCGCGACGCCGACUCGAGCAUGGACUCGAGCGUCGGCGAGACGUCGGCAAGCACUGCCGCGUCCACGCCCGCGCGGCCCGUCAAGCGCAAGGCCGGAGCUUCGGCCGCCGCAGGCGCCGGCAAGCAGCGCCGCGUGUAGCACGCCCAUCAAUACCCGUCCUCUUCCUGCGUCACCUUCUGGCCACAUCAAUGUAUCACCA